AUGGAGGGUCUCAUCCCUCUGGUUUACAGAACACUCAAGAAGAAUAAAACUCGCCGCCAAUAUCAGUGUCUCUCAUCUGGUGCAGCCCAAACUUACAACAUUGCAGAUGUUGAUGGUCAGAGUCCUGUGUAUAUGAAAUCUUCGACAGCUGAAAAGAAUUGUGGUCUCAAGACACAGAGAAAUGGUCACCGCCGUCACGUGUCUAUGGGAGAUUUCUCCAUGGGGUACUCAUCGGUGGAUGGCAUGAAAACUGGUGCUUCUCCAACUCCUCCUGCGCCGAAACUUAAGAGAUUUAGGAGCCAUAGAAUGUUUUCAUGUGUAACUGGCGCCUAA